GAACGUUAACAAGUUGAUAACUAAUUUUACGAAAAAGAACAUGGCAAACUUUGUCUACAUCACCUUGACGCUUAUAUGGAUGUCUCUUUGUUGGUGGAAUACCACCGUGGCUUCUCCCUCAACCGAUGACGAACUAUAUUUUGACAGACAGUUAAAUCGGGAAUUGCUCAAUAAGUGGAUUUCUUCGGUACGUAACGCUCAAAUGUUGAACAAUCCCUGCCGUAAUUCUGCGGACAACACAUGGGCCUCUGCUAUGCCCAAGAGAAAUUCGGAACUUAUUAAUUCAUUGUUAAGUCUGCCCAAGAGUAUGAACGAUGCCGGAAAGUGAAACUAUGACACAAGACCUACAAAGAUUAGCGCAUUUACUAUUUAGCACAUUUGUCCGCUCUAAAUACGAUAAAACUGAAUUGCUGUGCGUUUCCUUUUGUUUGUAGUAAGAGGCAGUGAUAUAUCUCCACUAGCCAUAUGAAAUUCUUCAACAAUAUACUUAUCCUUGCCUCUCAACUGGAUAUUUACUGCUGUUAGUCUUAAGAUUUAACUUGUAAAAUAAACCUGAAAAUGUUGUUCGUCUUGCUAUCAAUAAACAUGUCAAUAGAAUGAA